AUGAAAGCUGAGCAGCAACCUCCGUCACCCUUCUUCCUUUCCUCCUCUACUCCAAAGCCUGUGACUUUUUCCUUUUUCUUAAUUCAGCACACGCAGCGUCGCAAUUCGCAGACACCAAAAUGGCACUUGUAUAUGAACCCGGAGACGCGCUUGUCUUUCGCCAGCCGUUCAAAACGCUGACGCAGGACGUCCUGCGCCUGACAAACAAAAACAACUCGCCGGUGGCCUUCAAGGUCAAGACGACGGCGCCGAAGCAGUACUGUGUGCGUCCCAACGCGGGGCGCAUCGAGUCUGGGGAUGCGGUCGAGGUGCAGAUUGUACUGCAGCCGAUGCAGGAGGAGUUCCCGGCCGACCACAAGUGCCGCGACAAGUUCCUCAUCCAGAGCAUCCAGAUCACGCCCGAGAUGGACUCGAUGCCCAUGAGCGAGCUGUGGGCUAUGGUGGAGCGCGAGGCC